UUCGGCGGCUCCGUUGCCGGGCGACGGGGCGGAAGCGCUCGGGGUCACCGGGCGGUGCAUCGAGGCGGCGGCGACCGGCGGCUUCCGGGUCGGCUGCCCUGGAGACAGGCAUGACUUCGCUGCGGGCGUUCACUUGCAACGACCUCUUCCGCUUCAACAACAUCAACUUGGACCCCCUGACAGAGACCUAUGGAAUUCCGUUCUACUUGCAGUACUUGGCUCACUGGCCAGAGUAUUUCAUUGUGGCGGAAGCCCCCGGGGGAGAGCUGAUGGGCUACAUCAUGGGCAAAGCUGAAGGAUCCGUGGCCCGGGAAGAGUGGCACGGCCACGUCACCGCCCUCUCGGUGGCCCCCGAGUUCCGCCGGUUGGGUCUGGCUGCUAAACUGAUGGAGCUGCUGGAGGAAAUAUCGGAAAGAAAGGGUGGAUUUUUUGUGGACCUCUUUGUGAGAGUCUCAAAUCAGGUGGCAGUCAACAUGUACAAGCAACUGGGCUACAGCGUGUACCGAACAGUGUUAGAAUACUACUCGGCCAGCAGCGGGGAGCCCGACGAAGAUGCUUACGACAUGAGGAAAGCUCUAUCAAGAGAUAAAGAGAAGAAAUCAAUUAUACCGUUACCGCAUCCUGUCCGGCCAGAAGAUAUUGAAUAAGUCAAUAUUGUGGUUGCUGUAAAAAUAUAUUGAGAAUAAAAUCUGUAGAUAAAUGAAAACAAUUAGGAUAUCUCUCAUGCAACUUGGAGCUU